UUCAAUUUGAUGAAUUUCCCGUUUUUCUCCUGAACGAAUUCCCAUUGAUUUCUCCUCGACUUCUCCUUGGUCUUGUGACAAUUAUCAGUCUGAAAGAAUUAAUAAUUUCUUGGCAAGUUGCCCAUGGGAGGUGAUUGUUAGGUAAUAUGGUGAUGCCAUUCAUCUCAAUCAUAUCAGGAUGGUGAUUAUCGCGGGAUGGCUGGGAAGCGAGACAUGAGCAACUGCAAGGCAGCCUGAGUUUCUUCGCUCUCCAUGUGUGCCUGUGUCCUGUGAACGCUCAGCUUGACGUCAGUGCCACAGUCCUUAUUGAUUCCUUAUUUCCAACGCGGUGGUUGCUGCGCUGAAUCUGGCUGCCGUCUGAUGGCGGACGAAGUGGACCGUCAGCCGCUGGCCAGCGCCAGCUCCCUCGGCUUCCUGGGCCCCUUCAGCGCCGCCGCCGCGGAAGAAUCGGGAAAAGGGGAAGCCAGUCCAGCGUCCAGUCAUGAUGACAAGAGUGGUGAUGCCGAGGACAGUCUCCUGCUGGAUGUGGACAGCGCCGGCGCCGAGGAGUUGCGUCCGCUAAUUAAACAGCUGCGCCAGCGCCAGACCCAGCUGCUGCUGGAGAAGCAGGAGCGCGACGAGGAGUUCGGUCGGCAUCGCGCCAUGUUCAAGGAGAUGUACAUGCAGAAGGAAGGCGAAGUGGGGAGUAUGGCGGCGGCGCGGCAGGCCAGCGCCUCCGACUACCAGACCCUCGCCCGCGACUUCACGGCCCUGCAGAACGAGCUGGCGGAGAUCAAGGCGGUGGCGGUGAUCGCCGAGUCCAGCUCCAAGGAGGAGCUGGACGGGAUGCGGCGCCGCUACCAACAGGAGCUGGACUCCAUGGAGCAAGCCAUGCGCGCCACCAUCGAAGACGCCGUGCAGUCCACCGAGUCCAAGUACCAGCUGGAGCGCCGGCAGCUGAUCGAGGCCAACACGCGCCUCAAGGCCGAGCUGGACGAGCUGCGACGGAGGGCGGCGGCGCAGAGCAGUCCGGACCGCAACGGAUUACUGGCCACCCUCUCCCGCAAGGUGGGGGUGGGCGUGGCCGCCUCCCCGCCGGCGAUGCAUCCCAGCGCCAGUCUGCAGACGCUGCGGUCGCCCAGCAGUGAGGAGGAGACGUAUAACAGCGAUAUGAAGCGGGCCAAGGACGACGCGGACUUUAUGCGCUCCUUGGUGGUCCCCCUGGAAGACGAGAUCAACGUCCUGCGCAGUCAACUGCACGAAGCCCAGGAGAAGCUAGAGUAUUACGAGCAGGAGAAGCCGAAACUCAGUCGCCAGACUGACGACGGUCUGGAGCAGCUGACCCGCAAGUUCGGCUCGAAGGAGCUGGAUCUGUCGACGGCGUCGAAGGGCGACAUCGAGAUGUACCUGGGCGUGAUGCAGACGCAGAAGCUGGUGCUGCAGGAGGACGCCGCCGCGUCGCGCCGCGAGUUGGCGCGCGUGCAGAAACUGCUGGAGCAGGAGCGCGAGGUGACGCAGUACUUCCGGCGGUGUCUCAACGCCGCGCCCUUCUCGCCCAGCCACGCUCGCAACCGCAGUGAUGACUCGCUGGAUAUUACGCGGUCGGAUAAUGUGUCGCUGCGUUCCGGCGAUGGAGAAGUAGAAUCUCCGCUGCAUCACGGCAGUCCCUCGCUGGAGCUGGAGAUGAGCGGCGACGACGUGCUGAUCAGUUUAGACAGCAGCCGGCGCCCCACCCUGGCCUCGUUGGCCUCCGCCGCGGCGCCGCAGAUGCUGAUGGCCGGCCCGAGCCCGGUCAGCGGGUGCGCCAUGUGCGCCAACUACGAGUCGACGCUGCAGCUGGCGCAGAAGACGGAGACGCGCCUGCGCCAGGAGCUGGACGCCGCCAAGGCGGCCGUGACGCGGCUGAAGGAGGAUCUCAAGCACGAGCAGCACUUCCGCGAGGAGAUGGACCGGCGUGUUGGGCAGGCCGUGCAGGACACGCAGCACCAGAUAUCGGAGCUGCAGCGACUGCUGGCGGAAGCGGAGAAGCGCGAACAGGAAGCGGAGGAUGCGCAUCAAGCGGCGCGCGUCUCCUUGGAGCACAUCCUUCGUGAUAUGGUGUUCCAGCGCGAACAAACGGCGAAAGAGCUGGGCUUCCUGGAGGCGGAGAACGGGCGGCUGACGGACCGGUACACGGCGGAGUGGCGGCGCAUGCAGGAGGAGGAGAUCAGUCUGCCGACGGACGUGGAGGAGCUGCACCACCUCCUGCUCAAGUACCGCGAGGACGUGAUCCGCAGCCGCGUGGCCAAGGAGCACGGCGAGGACGGCCUGCGCGGCGAGCUGCUCUUCCUGCGCGACCAGCUGGCCGCCGAGCAGCACAACAAGGACGGCCUCCUCCACAUGCUCACCAAGGAAGCCGAUGCGUUGCGGGAGCGGUUGGGUAUUCUGGAGAGUGAGAAGAGCGAAUUGGAGCGGCAGCUGCGGGAGGUGCGGGAGAAGCGGCUGGAGGAGGGCCUGGCCAGUCAGACGGCGGAAGCGCUGCUGCUGCGCACGCAGCUGGACACGCUGCAGGCCGAGCGCAGCAAACUCGACAAGGACCUGCACCACUCGCGGUCGCGCGCCCAGGCCCUGCAGGUCGAGCUCGACAACAGCGAGGCCGUGCAGCGCGACUUCGUCAAACUCUCCCAGUCCCUACAGGUUGAGUUGGAGAAAAUCCGGCAGGCGGAGAACGAAGUGCGUUGGCAGCUGGACGAGGACGUGGACGAGUGCAACGCCUGCCGGCAGCCCUUCGUCCUGCCUAGGAAAAAAGUCCGCUCGCUCAAGAUCCACUGCCGGCACUGCGGCAAGAUCUUCUGCGUGGACUGCCUGAACCGCGAGGUGCUGAGCGGACCGCACCGCCGUCCGGUGAAGGUCUGCCAGGUGUGCCACACCAUCCUCAACCGCGACACCGCGCCCUACUUCAGCCACGCCCCGCCCUCCCCCAAGUAGACCUACCAAUCACGCGCGAUUCCGUCGAAGCAGCGCCUGUUCGCCUCCCAUUCCAAAGAUACCGUGGAUUUGUUGGAUUUGCGCUUUUUUCGCAGCUUGAUGCGCUGAGAUAUGUAUGUUGGCUGUUUGAGCCGUUGUCCGUCAUUCGCGAUUACUGAUCGUAACACGCAUCCGGUGCUUUAUGUGAUUUUAUACACUCAGACGUUUAGAGCAACCCAGUCAGAUUGCUUCUAUGCGGAUUUUGAUUAAAUUUAUUCAUCGAACGAGA